ACUCUAAACGCAGUUAUGACUUUUUAUCGCUCACUUCAGUUCUUAUCGCUGCCGGUUUCUCGUCAAAUGUCGUCUCGCACGGGAGUUUUAUCGGAUUUACGGGCAAUUUUCGACGCAGGACUCGAUUCCGUCAAACCUGCAACCAUUUUCCGGACAAAUCAAUGCCUCAAAAUCGUGGAAAAUAAGCUAAAAGUGCUCGAUGAUGAAUUUGACAUUGGUAAAAUCCAUUUAGUUGGUUUCGGCAAGGCGGUGCAUGGACUUGCUACCGAAGUUGAAGCUGUACUAAAAUCGCGGUUGGUGUCUGGGGUCAUCAGUGUUCCACAAGGAGGCGUACUAAAAGAAUCUUCAGGAUUUGAGAUUUUCGAAGGCGCCAAAGACAAUUUCCCGGAUGAAAAUUCAUUCGCUGCGAGUCGAGAGAUCCUUAAAAGAUGUCAAGCCAUGGGUUCGAACGAUAUUUUGUUGUGUCUCAUCUCUGGCGGGGGAUCCGCGCUGCUUCCUUAUCCGAAAAAUCCGAUAACACUACAAGAAAAAGCAAAAAUUAUUCGAAGUUUAUCGAAAAAUGGGGCAAGUAUCGAUGAAAUGAACGUCGUAAGGAUUGCCAUGUCGGAGGUUAAGGGCGGAAAAUUAGCAUUGGCAGCAAAAAAUGCAAGAAAAGUCAUCAGUUUGAUCAUGUCGGACAUCGUUAAUGAUCCUUUAGACCUCAUUGCGAGUGGACCAACGGUUGCUCCUGACCAAAAACUUGGAAAAACUCCCUUGGAAGUGUUAAAAAAGUUCAAAAUCGAACCAGAAUCGCACAUUUUGGACGUAAUUAAAGCUCAUAAGCCUGUCACAAAUGAUGAAAUCCCGAACGUGAAGAACUACAUAAUAGCCAGUAACGAAAUCGCGAUCAAAAAUUCCAUGGAAACUGCAAAAAAAUUAGGAUAUUCAACGAUUUUCUUGUCAAAAUCCAUCACGGGCGAUGUGAAAAAUGUUUGUUCCUUGUACGAAUCGAUCACAAAGCACAUUUUAAGUUCCGAAAAGCUUCCUGAAGAAAUUUCAGCUUCAUAUCCAAGCCUCCAAAAAUCCUUAAAAGAAGCUUCUGAGUCAAAAUCGAAGGGAAUUUGCAUAAUUUCUGGCGGAGAACCAGUUGUUACUGUCUCCGGCGACGGAAUUGGCGGCAGAAAUCAGGAACUUGCCUUGCGAUUUGCUAAUUUUUGUACCAAAAAUCAAUUUUCCAACGUAUUUUUGCUCUCCGCGGGCACUGAUGGUAUCGAUGGGCCUUCAAAUGAUGCCGCUGGAGCAAUUGGAACAACUUAUGACGCCAUCACGAACGAUUUAAUUGAGAAAUUUAUCAACAACAACGACUCUUACAACUUUUAUAAGGGGCAUUGUCCCGGAUUUCAUGUCGUUACAGGGCACACAGGAACAAAUGUCAUGGAUUUACAUGUCUUAGUCGUCGUUAAAGACCAAAAUUCUAAUUCAAAGUUGUAAAUUUUUACAUUUUAUGGGAUUUUCUUAUAAAAUUUUUGGGUAUAAACAUUUAUUUUCUAUAAAAUCGCGUUUUGAAAUUUCUUAAAAUAAUUAAAAAUCGC